UCACCCUGAUUAUUUAUUAUCGACUGCAAGAACUGGCAGAUUAAUCAUGUGAAUGUAUUUACGACAGUGUAGCAGUGUAGUCAGAAAAUGCUGGUCCAUCUAGAUGUGCAUCUUUGUGUUCAGAUCGGACCAAAAUAACCGGACUUGAUAUUGACAAAAACAAUUCUACAAGUGACAAUAAGUAGAAUCUACAUGUAUAAGGGGUUCCCAUAAUUCAAAACGUAGAGCAGCAAAUCACAGGAAACCCCAGUGCUCCGUAGGUACACAUAGAAAUACAUUUUGUGAUGUCCCCAUAUACAUGAUGUCCAAGUAAAUCACCUUGUCUUAAACCCACUACUCAGACGGAACCAUGUCCUUGUCAACUGUUCUGAAAAAUGUGUACACAUUUGCUCAGAUUCUUGGUCAGGCCGAUGGGAGUGAAGCAAGGCUCUGGGAUGUACAGUCACUGAACAAUGCACUCAAAUGGGCAGCUUAUUGCCAGAAGAUCCACCAGCAGGUGAGUGGACAGCGAGUUGAGGAAGCGGUCAACAAGAAGCUGGUGGAGAUGAUGCUGUUGCUUGAUCCUCCCAGUCAAGUGUGUCUGUCUGUGGAUCUCCUGGGUCAGGCUGUGUCACUAUUGCAGCAGAUCCUUCUGAAGAAUCCUAACACCAGUGCAGAGGUGAUUACAGAGCUAAUGGGCGCUGACAUUCACAGUCACACAAUGGAAGAGCUGUUCAGAAAAGUAGCUGAAGGACAGAUCACAGAGGACAUGGAGGAGGACAUCUUGAGAUGCAUACAAGAAGAGAAAGUCCAAGAGAAGAGAAAGUGGACGAGGAAUAGGAGACGUACGCCUACCCCUGACUCUGAGAAUCCACUGAUGACUGCUCAGGCCAAAUUCCUUGUGCCUCACAUUGUGAAGCUGUCACAACAAAGUACUGAUCACUCACGGCUACUACAGAGAAUUCCACAUUUCAUCCUGGCCAAGGCUGUCUCUGCUGAUUCGUCGUUUGGGGAAGUGUAUUUAAAUCACCUGACAUUUCUAGCCGAUCAGAUGUCACCUCACUACCAUGAGCAACUGACCAAUGGAAGACCCUACUCAUGGAGGUGUGAGUCAGGUAGAGAGGGAAACAGAUUUUAAUGGUCUGGUGACUGGUUUCCAGUCUCUUCUGGAUACUGGAGGUCCCACAAGGGAGACUACUGCUGUCCUGCUGAUGGAGAGAGCACAAACCUCUUUCUUCAAUAUAUGGAGGGAUAUAUGUAGAAAACUGGUCUGAUGAUGAAGAAAUUAAUGACAAAUUGUUGAGCUUACCAAUAUAAUUUGAAAUAAACAUAUACUGCAAUAAUUGUUUGAUUUCAUCAUGUUUAUUCUGUGGUGUGUUAUUUGUU